AGAAUUAGAGGGAAAAAAGAAUUUUUGAUGCACAACAAUUCUUAAGCAAACGCGCAGGGAAGUAAAUUAUUUAUUUAAAAAUUCUUUGUUUAUUUAAAAAUUAAGUUAAUAAUUAAGUAACAUUUAUUUAUUAAGUAGAAGGUAUUAUUAUUAUUAUUUUGAUUAAAUUAAAUAAUUUUGUCGUCGUACUAAAAGACAUACUUAUAUAGUUUGAAUUUCCCUGUUGAUAAACAUGGCCGACCGUUGUGCGCAUGCGCAGUAUUGUGUAGCACGGGUAGCACGUUACUCUGUGUAUUAUAUUUUGUUAAUUUUUUUUAAUGUUAUAUUUUCUGCAGUUUGUAUUACCAAAAGUCAGGAAGUAGUUACCAAUCACUACCAAACGACUACCAAACGGUUUCCAGUUUUUAUUUUACAAAAAAUUGUAUUUGCAGUGCUAUCGUGAAAUUAGCACGCCAAACUUAAAACUUAAAUAAAUCUUUCAAUUUUCGCUACCAAACAAAAAAAACUGACUACCAUACACUACCAUACGAUUACCAAACGAAUUCAAUUAAUUAAAUAUUAAUUUUCUCUAGUUGUUGUGCCAACUUCACGCCGCUUAGACUUUAGUGCAAAAAAAUAUUGGAGAAAAAUUUAAUAUUUUUCAUCUUUCAGUUAAUGUGAUUAUUUAACUGAUUUGUGACAGUAAAUUGACGAAGAAUUAAGAAAUGGACAAUACUCUGGAUAUACAGAUUUCGUAAAUUAAAAAAUUUACGAUAAAAUUUUAAACUUAUAAGAAAUUUUCUUAAAUAUAUAGAAGAGAAUCUAUAUUAUGACAAUGGAAGUAGAUUUGGAAAAACCAGGAAAUUUAGAAGAAAGUAUAACAGAACUUGCAAGGAAUGAAAUUGACAGUGUGACAAGUUCAAAUAAAAAUGUUUCUGAAACUGAAAAAUCACUUGAUUCAAUAUAUCAAGACAAUAAAAUUGAAACUCAUUUAAAUAGCGAUUGUGCUCCAAUAAUGGAAAAGCAGAAUCAUAAUGAAGCUAAUUGUCAAAAGACAACAGCGCUAAGUUCCAUAGCAAUGGACUAUUAUUCUUCAGACUCAGAAAUGGAUGAAGUUAACAACGAAGAUUCACAAAUGGAAUUAGUUACCAAUGAAGAGCAACAAGUGAAUAUAAUUACUAAUAAAAAUCCACCAAUGGAAACAGUCAGCAAUAAAACACAGGAAGUUGAAGUAAUCAAUAAUAAAGUACAAGAAGUAGAGAUAAUCAGUAAACAAACACAAGAAGUGGAAAUAAUAAGUAAUGAAACACUAGAAGUAGAAAUAAUCAGUAAACAAACACAAGAAGUAGAAAUAAUCAGUAAUAAAACGCCAGAUAUAGAAAUAGUCAUUAAUAAAACACAAGAGGUGGAAAAAAUCAGUCACAAAACACCAGAAGUUGAAAUAAUCAGUCAUAAAACACCAGAAGUAGAAACAAUCAGUAAUAAAACACAAGAAGUCGAAAUAGUCAGUAAUGAAAAAGUAUCGCCGGAAAUUGAAAUAAUCAGUCAUGAGAGAGCAGAAGUGUCAAUAAUCGAUAAGGAAAUUUCGGAAAUUGAAAUAAAUAGCGAAGUGGAAGUUCUUAAGGAAUAUCGAUCUCACAAUGAAAUUACUUGCAGCAGUGAUGAAGUCGAUAGCGAGGAAGAUUCAAGUAGCAGUAGCAGUAGUGAUGAUUCCGAAAGUAGUAGCGACAGUGAGAGUUUAUCUGUAAAUAGUGUAAAAAGUUUGAAUGAAAACAAAAAAAUAGCAAGUGAAAAAGGCAAGCAACGUGUUAGAAGACAAAGUAAAGGAGAAUUUGAUGAUCUUCCACCUAUUGAAGAUCUAAACAUUAAUGUUCCUGAAGUACUUUGCGAUCCACUAGGAGAAGUAGCCUGGAUCGUUGAUCAAAUGGUAGUAGUUCGUCCAAAGCCAGGUAAACCAACUUUGAAUUUAGAAUCAAUUCUUUUCAUAGAACGAGGUCGUCGAGUUUUGGGUCGAGUAUUUGAUGUUUUUGGUCAAGUAUCAGAUCCCCAUUAUUGCGUUCGUUUCAAUAACUCGAAACAUAUUCAAGAAAAUAACAUAAAAGUCGGCAUGAAUGUCUACUUUUGUCCCAAUACGGAAUACACUUCCGUUGUUUUCUUACAUGAACUCACCAAGAUGAAAGCUUCUGAUCCGACUGAUGACGAUGAGCCGCCUCAAUUUUCCGACGACGAGGAGGAGCAGGCGUAUUAUCAAAAUUUGAGGAAACAACAAAAAUCUGAGAAAGCCGUCGCUGAAAGUGGAAUACCAACGAAAAAGAAGCGAACUAGUCAAAAAUCUUCAAAUGCGAAAAAGAAUUCAACUGAUUGGAAGUCACAUCAUCCUUGGAAUACGAAAAGAAAUAUACAAAAUAAUUCUACUGCACAACGAUUUUCAAGUCCUCAGGAUUCUUAUUCGCAAAAUUGGUAUGGAGCCACGCCGCCGUAUCAACAGAAUCCUUGGCCUCCAUAUCCGGUGUUUCCAAAUCCAGCAUGGUCGAUGUAUUAUCCUUCGCCAAAUUAUAGAGGUUUCAGACCACAAAUGGGUUUUCCAUCUUCCUUUCAACAAUCAUCACGAUUUUCAAAUUCCAUGACAUGGAACACGAGGAGUCAGGCACCAUCUUCACAAAAUCUUCAAUCAGAAGCUGAACCAACAAUUACAAAUUCAAUUGCCUUAAGUCCACCUCCACCUCCACCGCCUCCAUCCAUUCCUCCGCCAAAUCCCUCUCCACCAGGAAUGUAAGAUAUAUUUCUUUUUUAUAUUUUUUCUUCAAUUUAUAAAAUUUAUUUUUACAUUUUCUCUAUAAAAAUAUGCAAAUAACCCUUGUAUAUACACGUUAAUGUUUAGGUCUCUUGUUUCAAUAAAUAUAGAUUAGAAAUUA